CCCAGCUUCAUGCAGCUUCUUAUAUAACCAACCUUCCAAUUCCCCCAUUCUCCCCCGUUCUUCUGUCUUCACAUACCCUCCACCUCCCACCCUCCCCCAUCCCUGCUUGUCGCCCCAUUGUACCGCGACUUCUUUGAGAUAUUCUCUCCUACAGUCACCCGGCCCAUCGAGGUUAAUUCGCGGGUGCGCUCGUGUGUUUGUUUUCGUUGUUCUAGCCUCCAGAGCGCCAAUCCCCAUUCACAAUGCGUUUCAAUGCUGCCUUGACUUCCGCCCUGGUCUCCUCGGCCUCCAUCAUGGGCAUGGCCCAUGCUGACGAGACCGAGAAGAAGCCCGAGACCACCUCCAUUGCGGAGAAGCCUACUUUCACCCCUACCACCCUCAAGGCUCCUUUCUUGGAGCAGUUCACCGAUGACUGGGAUAGCCGGUGGACUCCUUCCCACGCCAAGAAGGAGGACUCCAAGUCUGAGGAGGACUGGGCCUAUGUUGGCGAAUGGUCUGUCGAAGAGCCUACUGUGCUGAAGGGAAUCGAGGGAGACAAGGGUCUCGUCGUUAAGAAUGUUGCUGCCCACCACGCCAUCUCCUCCAAGUUCCCCAAGAAGAUCGACAACAAGGACAAGACCCUGGUUGUCCAGUAUGAGGUCAAGCCGCAGAACUCCCUGGUUUGUGGUGGUGCCUACCUGAAGCUUCUCCAGGACAACAAGAAGCUCCAGUCUGAGGAGUUCUCCAACGCCUCUCCUUACGUUAUCAUGUUCGGUCCCGACAAGUGCGGUGCCACCAACAAGGUGCACUUCAUCUUCCGUCACAAGAACCCCAAGACCGGCGAGUACGAGGAGAAGCACCUGAAGGCUCCUCCCGCCGCUCGUACCAACAAGGUCACCUCCCUGUACACUCUGAUUGUCCGCCCCGAUCAGACUUUCUCCAUUCUGAUUGAUGGUGAGGAGGCUAAGAGCGGUAACUUGCUCGAGGACUUCAGUCCUGCUGUCAACCCCGAGAAGGAGAUUGAUGAUCCUAAGGACAAGAAGCCCUCCGACUGGGUCGACGAGUCCAAGAUCGCUGACCCUGAGGCCACCAAGCCCGAGGAUUGGGAUGAGGACGCUCCUUACGAGAUUGUUGAUGAGGAUGCCGAGAAGCCCGAGGAUUGGCUGGAGGAUGAGCCCACCAGCAUUCCUGACCCCGAGGCCGAGAAGCCCGAGGACUGGGACGAUGAGGAGGACGGCGACUGGGUUCCUCCCACUGUUCCCAACCCCAAGUGCCAGGAGGCUGCUGGCUGUGGUCCCUGGACUGCUCCCCUGAUCAAGAACCCCGCCUACAAGGGCAAGUGGACUGCUCCUCUGGUCGACAACCCCGCCUACAAGGGUCCCUGGGCCCCCCGCAAGAUUGCCAACCCCGCCUACUUCGAGGACAAGACUCCUUCCAACUUCGAGCCCAUGGGCGCCAUUGGUUUCGAAAUCUGGACUAUGCAGAACGACAUUCUCUUUGACAACAUCUACAUUGGUCACUCCGAAGAAGAUGCCGAGCAGCUCCGCAAGGAGACUUUUGAUAUCAAGCACCCCAUCGAACUGGCUGAGGAGGAGGCCAACAAGCCCAAGCCGGAGGAGCAGAUUGUCGAGCCCAGCGUCAGCUUCAAGGAGAACCCCGUGGCCCACGUCCGCGAGAAGGUUGAUCGUUUCGUUGGCUUGGCCAAGCAGGACCCCAUCGCUGCUGUGAAACAGGUUCCUGAUGUUGCUGGUGGUCUCGCCGCCGUGCUUGUUACCAUGGUGCUCCUGAUCGUGGGUGCUGUCGGUGCUAGCAGCCCGGCUGCCGCUCCGGUUAAGAAGGGCAAGGAGGCUGCCAGCGCUGCCAAGGAGAAGGCUGCGGAGGCUGUUAGCUCUGCUACUAACACUGGCAAGGGCGGCGCCACCAAGCGCCAGACUCGCUCCUCUGCCGAGUAAACGGGCCUGCCUUGUUGACUCUGGGGAGAGAUUAGAGAUGACGCGGCCCAAAAGUGAGCAUUCUGUGGGGAGGGACAGCUUCCGACCCAAUAUUUUGUUUUCUCUCGAUUUCCAUAUUAUACCUACCUGUUGCAGCGUUCAAUCCACGAUUUGUUCUUUUAUUCCAAAUAUGUUGGUUGGCACGGCCAGAAGAAAGGCUGCUCCUGCUCCUGUCUGUGAUGCGAUAUGGACGCCACACUCGAAAGGCCUGCCUCGAAUUGUUUUGAGACCUGUAAAGUAAUUGAUGAGUAACUGAUGGAAGAACAUCAAUCAUAUGGUUUAAGAUCGUCCC